AUAACACACUACAAAUGAACAGGUUGCCAGUCAAACGUAGUAUUGGCAUCAACCGAAGUGAAAAGUGUUUAAUGAUUACUGGAGCGAUUUUAAAGAUCUUGCAAGUUUAAACGCGAUACACGAACUAAUUAGAGAACCACGCAGAUUAUAACGCACCAUGUGAACAAGGAGAACACUUAUUAUUAGAAUGAUAUCGUGACAAGCUUAUAGAAAGAACACUUUAAUAUCCGGUGAAAUGAUAGUAUGAGAAGCUUAUAGAGGACUUCAAUCCGGUGAAAUGAUAGCAUGACAAGCUUAUAGAGACUUCAAUAUCCGGUGAAAUGAUAGCAUGACAAGCUUAUAAAUAGAAGACUUCGCCCAUGGAAAAUCAAAGUGAGGAAAAAUCAAAAUAUUCAACGGAAGUCAUAGAGAAAGAAACCAAAUUAUCAAAACGUGAAAAUGGUCAAAACGACCUAAAUGACAAUGUCAUUCUCGACAAGAUCGACUCACAGAGUCGGGCGUUAGAGCGUGUAGAGCAGGGGAUCACAGUCCCUCGGCGCCUAGAACCCCUCCAAACUGUGUCAAAGAAAAGGAGGAAAAAGAGCUAUCUAAAACAACUGUCUUCCAAAGUUGGAAUAGCAAAGGAUGAUCUUUCAAAAACAGAAUACCCGGAAUCGGGAGGAAAUAGUUCGGCAAAUAACGACGAAAACAAGAGAGAUGUAUCUCGUUCGAGGGACAGGGAUUCACUAGGGGACCCGGAUUUGUCAAAGCCAAGCAAAAGGGAAUCUACACCGUUCUUUUACUGCAGAUUUAUUGUGAAAUUUCCCAUAAUAGCAUUCUUGCUGUCCUCGACAAUACAUGUAAUCGCCAUAGUGACCACUGUGUCCCUGGUUGUGACUGGCCACAAUGUGUUUCCUACGGAUUUUAAGAAACUACCAUUGAUACUCUAUGAUGACAGCACCAGGAAACAGGAUCUGGCUUGGCGAAGUCGUGACGCGUUCGCUAUGAGAAUAACCCGGCCUGUGUAUGGAUUGUAUUAUCCUACUUGGGUGGCAGGUCAGGUCAAGGACAUUGUAGAAGUCAUUUUGGAAGUCGACAAUGGGGAUAUAUUCAGCAAAAGUAACCUCCUCAUACUUCAACAAAUAGAAAAUUUGAUGUACAAUUUCAAAGAUUAUAGAUCCACCUACUGUCAAAGAGAUGAGUUUUAUCAGUGUGUAAAACCUUGGUCAGUUAUUCGCCUUUUUGAUGGUACAUACAAAAAUGUGAAUUCAAAUUUCAACAAUUCAGAUUUUGAUAAACCAAAAGAAGUACUAUGUAACGCAACUCGUUUUAUAGAAACAAAGGAAUAUGUUGAGUUAAUAUUCCCCAAAGGCUAUGACCCUUGUCACUCCAAGAGCGUCCCCACUGUUACUAGAAUAUUUCUGAUGAUGGGGUAUCCACUGAUUGGAGGAAACAGUAACAACCGGAUUAAUACAUUCUUAAUCAAUGACAUGAAACCGAACAUCAUUCACAUCCGUGACAAUAUACUGGGGGACAGAAUGCAUUUAUACUACACAAGUAAAAUGAUAUUUGAUAAUGACGUCACACAACAGGCUUUCGACGACAUGCUAUUCGCAGUCGGAAGUUUUCUGUUCAUUUUUCUUGUAAUGUGGAUUCAAACUAAAUCGUUCUUUAUAACAUCGUUUGGAAUAUUUAGUAUUUUAACAAGUUUUUUACUUGCAAAUUUAGUCUAUCGAUAUCUAUUUCAAUACGAAUAUUUUGGAUUUUUUCAUAUAAUUUCCAUGUUCAUCAUUCUGGGCAUUGGUGCAGACGAUGUAUUUGUGUUUUACGAUUCGUGGCGUCUCAGCGGUGAUGGCAAGUAUCCAUCCCUAGCUCAUCGCUUGACUGAUUGUUACGGCAGAGCCGCGAAGACUACCUUCGUCACUUCACUGACAACAAUGGCAGCUUUUUUAGUCAGUGGGAUGUCUCCUCUUCUUCCUGUGGCGUCCUUCGGCAUCUUUUCGGGUGUCUUAGUGGGUGUCAACUAUAUAUGUGACUUAGUAUAUUUUCCAACUGCCAUUAUUUUAUAUUCUGAGAAAAUAAGACCUAAAACUACUAGAUUUUAUUCUUGGCUGUUUGGAAAUAGUUGUUGUCCUAAAAAUUUGAAAUGUAAAUUAGAUGAGAAGAAUACAGACUUGCUGGAGAAUCGUUCAAAAUCUUCUACAUCAUCUACAUCCGUGUCCUUUCUGUGCUCCCCACGUCGGAAAGCAAAGGAAGAUGCGUCUCGUCUCUUUCCGAAAUUACCGCCUAUUACUAAAGGUGCAACUUUUAAACAAUUACCAGAUUCAAAAGCACCCGAAUUGCACAAAAUAUCUGAAGAAAAACAAUUAUCCAGUGAGAAAAAAACGAUUAGGAAAGAAUUUGAAGAGCGGAUGUUAAUUGUUCGAUUUCUCCGUCACCAAUUCUUCUCCUUUAUAUCUCUUAGGUUAGUCCGAUUUGUUAUACCUAUAUUGUUUGUUGGAAUUGCGUCAUUUUUCAUAUACAGCGCCACCAGACUGGAGCCCGACAGUAAACAGGUGCAGAUAUUUCGCUCCUCGCACAAUCACGGCAAAGCAACGUCUCACCAUUACUACACAUUCCAAAGAAACUUUGAGGGAGAGUAUACCAGCGUGUUCUUGACAUGGGGAAUGAUGGAGAAAGACACCAGUACAUGCAGUCGUAAGAAAUCCGAUAUUUGCAGCGGAACAAUGGUGUGGGACCACACGUUUGAUGCCUCGUCACCGGAGGCCCAAACUGCUAUCUAUAGUCUGUGUCGACGAUUGGAAAAUAUCACGGAAUCGGAAGUAACUCGGCUGAAAAUAAGAAGAAAUGCUGUAACAAAGAAACCGGAAGUCAGUUGCUAUUUGACAGCCAUGGAACGAUAUCUUCAGAAGGACGUUGAAAAGGCUGGAACUUGGUACCCAUCAGACCUGAGCGUGGAUGUACCUCUGGAUCAACCGAACAUGACGAAGUUCAUGACGUCAAACCAUCAGAUUUAUUACAAUCCAGUUUCUCUUCCGCAGAACUUCAACAGAUGGCUGGAAAUUGGUCUGGGAUACUGGAUAACCAACAGAUAUACGGGCUUAAUGCACGACGACUAUUCCCUGUACAACCACUUAAUUGGCGAGGAAUAUGUCGCGGGGGAAACAAAAAUUGCCCAGAAUACACACUUAGGACUAUAUUAUGGGACAAAACUUAGAUACGUUGGAAUUCAAGUCAAUUUAACAGUUAGUGUGUAUACGCUGGGGUACAGCGAGGGGAAGCGGAUAUAUCAGGCUUGGGAACAGCUAAUUAUCAACGAGAAAGAAAAAAUGCCAGCAUCUCUCAAAAAUGGAUUUCAGUGCACGAGGAACACAUGGCACUGGAUACGUGUUCAAGAGGUGCUUUCAGAAUCGGCAAUCAUGGGGAUAAUCAUCGGUUUGUCUGUGGCACUCCCCGUCCUCGUGUUCACCACGUUAAACGUCAUCAUUGGAUUGCUAGCGUGGACCGUUAUAGUGCUGGUGACUGUAUGUGUUGUGGGAUCUAUACAUCUCCUAGGCUGGAAACUGGGGGUACUGGAGUCACUUAACCUGUGUAUGGUGGUGGGAUUAGCCGUGGAUUACGUUGUUCAUUUGGCAGAAGCCUACAACGUGUCGCAUUACGUCAGACGACAGGAUAAAACACGUGACAUGCUGGAAAAGAUGGGCCUUUCCGUUAUAUCUGGCGCCUUCACCACGUUCGGGGCUGCUGCAUUUAUGUUGGGUGCCCAAAUUCAGUUUAUUUACGAAUUUGGGAUAUUUGUCAUAGUGACUGUAUGCACUUCCUUGUUAUUCUCUUUGUUUGCCUUCACUUCCUUCCUGCUGAUUCUGGGACCUGAAGGUAACACAGGCUCCAUUACGGCACUGAUCAGGAAGUGUUGCUGCUGCAAACAAAGUUUACACUCAGGAAUUAAGCCAGGGGAUAAAUAAAGAGGGUUACUUCAAGGCUAGGAGUUUAACCAUUAUCCCCAAAGCUAAAAAGUGCCAAAAUAAAGUUCAUUUACAUGCACUCUGAUGAUCUCAUAUAUAUGAUAGUGUGUUUAACUUAUAUUCUCGAUUUACUGUUAACAUACAUUUUUACACGCGGUAUUUAUUUCCGCUAGUCUCUCCAUUCUUACAUCAGCUCCAGAGAAACUUGUUUACUUUGUCACGUUGGUUCGGUAAUUUGUCUAAUGAAGUUACAAAUCUCAUUAUUUUCAUCUUACCUCCCCCCACCCUUUCCGUUAAAUUGUUGUUUAAGGUAGCUCAUUUAUUUAAGGAUUUUAUCCGUAGAUUUAAAAAAUAUUAACAAAUAACCUUUUCAAUUUUCAUAAAUAUUUUUUUAUUUAAAAAAUCAGAACGUCUAUCUGAGUCGUUUAGGCAUGUUUUAUUAGAUAUUCAUAUCAUGCACCAAAUUACAGCGAAAUUUGGACUCGCUUAUUUGCAAACAAAACACCUUUUUUAUCAUUCCGGGAAAAAAUCACAAAAUAUUCAUCUAAAAUAAUUGAGAGCUUGUAUCACUCUUGAUCGUCAAAUCAUACUUCACAAGAGGUGUUUUAAAGAGCCAUUAAAUAAAAUUUUGGUGUAAUAAGCUACCUUAAAGUGCAAUGUACAUUUUGCUUAUUUUUUAAUUGCUGUUUCAUUGAAUUCUUGACUCAUGUACUUUAAUACAAGUAUUUUUCACAUCUCAGUAUUUUCUAUGAAAGGUGAAGAUAACGAACAGUGAUCAAUCUCAUAAUUCCUAUAAACAAUACAAAAUUGAGAGUUGGGGAAACACGGACCCCUGGAUAUGCCAAAGGUGGGACCAGGUGCCUAGGAGGAGUAAACAUCCCCUGUCGACCGGUCACACCCUCCGUCAGCCCUAUAUCUUGAUCAGGUAAACGGGGUUAUCCGUAGUCAAAAUCAGUGUGCCAAGAACGGCCAAACAUUCGGUAUGAAACAAGUCAGAUAGCAUUUGACCCAAUGGUAGGUUGUAUUGGCAAACUAUCUUAUUAAAGAUAUGUUUAGACUUUAGUUAAAUUCUGGCCUCUAUCCUUCAAGUUAUGACCAAUAUGAUAUACCUUUUUGUUUUUAUUUUCAAUGAUUGAAAUCCAUACUCUAUGCAAAACUUACAUGUAAUUUUUGCAAUAUUCAUUUUGUGCUUUUUAAUUGCAUGUUUUAAUAUCAAAAAUUUCAGAGGUCCUGUAUUUUAUUAUAAAUUCUCUCUAGUAUAUUCAACUUGGACAUGAAAUAAAGCAUGCAUACAACUCAGUAUUAUUGUUUGUAAGAUAUAGUUGAAUUAAAAGUUUGAAAUACUUUAGAAUAUUAUUCAUUUUGUGCUUUUUAAUUACAUGUUUUAAUAUCAAAAAUUUUCAAAGGUCCAGUAUUUUAUUAUAAAUUCUCUCUAGUAUAUUCAACUUGGACAUGAAAUAAAGCAUGCAUACGAUUCAGUAUUAUUGUUUGUAAGAUAUAGUUGAAUUAAAAGUUUGAAAUACUUUAGAAUAUUAUUCAUUUUGUGCUUUUUAAUUACAUGUUUUAAUAUCAAAAAUUUUCAAAGGUCCAGUAUUUUAUUAUAAAUUCUCUCUAGUAUAUUCAACUUGGACAUGAAAUAAAGCAUACAUACAAUUCAGUAUUAUUGUUUGUAAGAUAUAGUUGAAUUAAAAGUUUGAAAUACUUUAGAAUAUUAUUCAUUUUGUGCUUUUUAAUUACAUGUUUUAAUAUCAAAAAUUUUCAAAGGUCCAGUAUUUUAUUAUAAAUUCUCUCUAGUAUAUUCAACUUGGACAUGAAAUAAAGCAUACAUACAAUUCAGUAUUAUUGUUUGUAAGAUAUAGUUGAAUUAAAAGUUUGAAAUACUU